ACAAUUACCUUCUAAAAGCAGCCUGGACUGGAAUUUUCUUUCUUUAACACAUCUUCGCUGCAAGAGCGUACCCAGGCUGGUCGUUGAAGUGUUCACGCGGGAGGAAGUACCCCUGAGCGCACUGGGCUUCCUCUCCAGGAACCGUGCGGCGGAUCGCAGCCACAGGGCGAUGCUUCUUGCGGAGUAAUGGCUGCGCUCGCUUCCGUGGGCGCCAGUCCCAGUCCUCGGGAUGGGGUUAGCUGUCCGGAGCAAGCCCGGAUCCAGGAGUAGGGCGCAGCUGCCCUAAACCCUACGCGCGCCGGCAGAAAGCGGAGCGGAGGGAGGGAGGAGGGCUCCUUGCGUGGCAGGCGCGCAACACGUUUGGCGUUCAUACCACGCAGCAGAACGGGGAAGUAGCCGCCGCGGGGCUUGAGGCGGGCAGGACCUCGUUGCUACAGCCGAGAAGGGAUCCGGCUUUUGCAGCCGUCGCGACGCGUAAAGUGUCACAAGUAGAUUACAGCAAAAGUCGUCCCCAGUUAGAUUCCAGUAGAAAGGAGAAACAGAGCGACUUUCUCAAACCUCUUAUAAUCUGCAAAGGAAGACACAUGUGGAUGAUUCCUAGUUGAAACUUGCUCCUGAUAUGUCAGGCUGGUUCAAGGCAUUACUGCAAAAGCCUCGGAAAAGCACCAACUCGUCCAGCAAGCAUGUGAAUGAUGCCGCUAAGCAUUCACCAUCCCCACCUGCUACAGUGAGAAGCUCUCCCACUGCAACUAGGAGCUUGGCAAACAGCCCCACCGCCUCCCUGAGCCUUUCCAAUGAGAGCGCCCGCCUGAGCAAGCAGUACGACGUGUGCAUCUGCCAUAAUGAGGGCGACUUUGAAUUUGUGGAGGAGCUCGUCUCCUACCUCGAGAGCCAGCCUGAGCGCUUCCGCUGCUUCCUGCAGCCACGGGAUGCUCUGGCCGGGGGUGCCAUUGUGACGGAGCUGUGCGAUGCCGUGCAGAACAGCCACUGUUGGGUGCUGCUAAUCACGCCCCACUUCCUUGCGGAUCCCUGGUGCCGUUACCAGAUGCAUUACGCCUUGACCGAGGCACCCAUGGCCAACGGGCGCACAAUCCCUGUGCUGAAGGACAUGGACCGCGGGGACUAUCCAAGGGAGCUCCGGUGCAUCUAUUAUAUCAAUGUUGUGCACCAGGUGACCAGCUUCAAACAGAUCAAAGAGACCGUGAUGCGCUAUCUACAGGAACUCAGUGAACGUACAAGCAGAAGAGAUUAACUGGAGUCUGGCUGAAGAAUUAUGGUCAAAGGAAGGUCAGAUCAGUGGGUUGCCUUGAUGCUUCUGGGCUUGCUGAAGAAGUCUUCAUGGUGUUCUUCCUCCCUCGAAGCUGCCUGGCCUCGCCAUUCCAUGCUAUCUUGCAUUAAGGAUCCGCCUUCUAGGAAACACAUCCUGACCAGAGAUGUUUCUGUGGUGCUUUAUGUGUUUGUGUUCCUAUGUGUAAUAGUAGAAUUUGUGAUGAUUUUGGUGGUCAGCACGAUCACAGGAACACUAAAAGUGACAUGUGAUGUCCACAACAAAAUCUUGCAGCCUACAGAGCCUGUGCUUAUGUUCCAGCUGGCAACGCCCCUGCGUUUGAUUUCGUUCUCUUCACACACAGCUUUCUAUUUUCUCCACAAAACCCCCAAAGCCUUCUGCGGCCAGGAAGCAUAUUUAGUCUCCAGCUGGCUGUUUUUAGGUUCCUCCCCUCAUUUUUUCAUUAGUUUUUCCCUUUUUUGGUACUUCUGGCUUCCUUGGGGUUUCCCCAGCCUUGCUAAUACAUCUUUUUCAUACAUGUGGUUAUGUAUGGACCCACUUUAGGUCUGAACAUAAAACAUGGAAGGUACAAUACUUUUUAAAAAAUGACUCAAAAAGUGCAACACUGUGUAUCGUGGAAUUCAGAGGCCCUUGUAGAGUUAUGUGCCCAAUGAAAGCUGGGGUGAAGACCAGAUAGAUUCUGUAUGUGCAGCUUUAUGAAGCACACACAUACCAGAUUCAUGUCCUAAGUUUACAGUAUUGAGAAAAGGGCAUGGUUACUAAAGUUUUCUUGAGUUGUCCUCUGUAUGCAGAUCAAUUUUUAAAAAGUUAUUUAAAGUCCUUUCAUCUAUAUCCCUAUGCAAUGUCUUCCACUUGCAAAAUCUGUCCAGUUUUCCUAUUUGGGGUUUGUUCUCUGCUGGUAUCCUCCAUGCCUGAAAAGAGGGGAAAACCAAACUUGUCCUCUGUCAUCAUCUGUGUUAAUGUUACUCAAACAAGUAUUGUUGCACGUUAGAGACAGAAAUACCUGUUUCUUUGCCUAUCAUCUUUGGAAAUGGUGUGUCGAUGGAAAAAAAUAAAAGGAUUUUCUCCAA